AAGCUGUGCUUCAGAUGUCAGAGUAGUUUCCACUGCGACUUCCACCUUGUUAUGCGGCUUCCUGGAAUAAACAUCAACAUGCAGAUCACUCCUCUGGAUGUCGACUUACGCACCUAUGGUUUUCCGCAAGGAUACUUUCUAAUUAAGAACGUAGCAAGCAACCGUUUUCUUGACGUCGAUUCGGAUAUGGUGGAAGACGGAACGGGGCUCAUUCUGUACCCUCAAACAGAAACCUCUUUGGUCGAGGAUAUGAGGAAGCCGGAAUCUAAUAAUCAAGUGUUCUUCAUAGAUACAUCGGGUGCGCUAUGUUCCCGGUCAUCUGGACAUUCAAUUGAUGUUGAAAACGAGACGUUGGUUCUUCGCCACCGUCGCCCUAUAUCACAUCCAUUUCCAAAUGCCUACUCCCAUCCGCUUCCACGUUUUGUCUACGAGCCAACCACUGGACGCAUCACCAUCGUCUUUGCUGCUGAUCCUUCGUAUCCAACCUCACCCGAUCGUGCCGCGGCGCUGAGUUCAUGGAAAGACAAGACCUAUGUCCUAAGCUCAAUUCCAAUGCGCAAGCCUCGUACGUUCAUCGACGAUGCCUCCCAACUGAUUACCUCCGCUAUCAACAUGCCAUUCUCUUUAUUGAAUGGUCGGACGGCGGCAAACGCUACACCAGAUGCUGUGUUCAGCAGUGGUGAUAUUGAUCUUAAGGAAGAUGAAAUACUUGAACAGGAGCGCAGCGAGGAGGGUGAAGUAGAUGACUCCCCUGAAAAGAUCAGGAGGGUACGUGUGGUAGGAUUAACGAAGGCUGACAUCGCUGUUAUGGGUGACCAGGCGAAGGCUCGGCAGCGAUGGGAAGUUAUACCCUUGCGAAGUACACGGAACCGUACGUGGCUGUGAUUGUAUCGUCUCGCUACGCCCGUUCCCCCCAUUUCCCUUUAGCUUUAGUCUUCACAGUCUUCAGUGUAUUUUUUUACGUCUAUUUAUCGAAACACGGUACUCCAGGCUCGACCGCUCGACAUGAAAACCAGUGAGCUCGAGGGAGCGGAGGGUAUGAAAGACAGGGAAAAUCUAGGCCAACAGAGUCAGACUGACAAUUUGAGUAAAGUACGAGUCUUGGCUGCUGUUGGAACAGCAAUGAGUAGCCCCAGUUAGAGCCAUCGGUAAGGCUCGGUGUUUAUAGAUGCAGAAAAUCUCGGGAAGUAUAUUCCAGGAAAAGUCUUAACAUUCCGCUUUUGAGAUAU